CCCUCCCCUCUACUGAUUCCCUUCUCUGUUUUUCUUUAAACCUUCCCUUGACUUUCCUCCGCCGUGGCUUCCUCUCUCCACCAACCUCCACUUUCUCCCAUAAUAAACCCUCUCUUCUUCUUCUUCUUCACCUCAACCCCCAAAUUUCCCAUCAACCAAAACCAUGUCCUCUUUCACCGCCGUCCAUGGCCCUCUCUUCUUCUUCCUCCUCCUCUUCUUCUCCGCCUCCGCCCAGACCCAGCUCUCCCCCGACCCCAGAUCCGACCCUUACCAGUACCGCCUCAGCGGCUCCAUGGCUGUCAUCAUCGUUAUCCUCAUCGCCGCCCUCUUCUUCAUGGCUUUCUUCUCCGUCUACAUCCGUCACUGCAAUGAUUCCCAAUCCAACACCGUCCGUCCUAUCUCCAACGCCGCCGCCCGCUCCCGUCGCGCCACCCGCGGUCUCGAUCCGGCCGUAAUCGAAACAUUCCCAACCCUAGUUUACUCCGACGUUAAAGAGCAUAAAAUUGGUAAAAGUGCCCUAGAAUGCGCUGUUUGUUUGAAUGAAUUUGAAGAUGAUGAAACGCUGCGUUUAAUCCCUAAAUGUGACCAUGUGUUUCAUCCCGAGUGUAUUGAUGCUUGGUUGGCUUCUCACUCUACUUGCCCUGUUUGUCGAGCUAAUUUGUCUCCUCAACUCACUGAGUCCGUCCACCGAGUUGGCGAUUCUAACGCUGUGGUUAACCCGGACUCCGACGGAGGAGAUAUUGAAGCUCCGUCCAACGACGUCGUUUCAGAGACGACGGCUCCACCACCGGUUCAGAUACCAACGGAGUCGGAAUUGCCUAACAAGGCGUUGAAUCGGACCCGUACGCGUGGAUCUCGUUCCAACAGAUUGCGGUGGCUCUUCCCCCGGUCUCACUCGACCGGGCACUCUUUGGUCCAGCCUGGGGAAGACACCGAGCGGUUUACUCUCCGGUUGCCAGUUGAGAUAAGGAAGCAAGUGGUGAAUCGCAAGCUGAACCGAGCGACGAGUAUGGUAGUUUUGGCAAGGCAGAGCAGUUCCAUGAGAGGAUACCGGUUUGGUUCAGGUGAAGGGAGUAGUCGAGGGAAGUAUUACAGGAGGCUUGAGCGGUUGGACCGGACAUCGAAGUCGGACCGAUGGGUGUUGUCGAUUACGCCGCCGUUUUUUACGCGUAUGUCGUCCAUGAAGACUCCUCGGGGAGGAAGUAACCAUGGCGAAUCCGGCUCGGGCCGAGAACUUGGACAAGGGAAUUCCACGGUCGAUUCAAGUAGGCUUCCGGUCUGAAGUGAUUUAUUUUAAUUUUUUUUUUUAUUUUUUUUAUUUUUUUGCCACAUUUUAUAAAAUAUAAAUUGAAUUUCUCAAGGGGCAAUUUUCUUUUUGUUUUAUAUAAAUUCAUAUAAUCGAAAGUAAUGUGUAUAUAAAUUCUUGUUCAUUAUUCUUUCUUUUUAUAGCUAUAGAUGUUGGUCGUAGGAGUUGUGUUGAAA